GACAAUCAAAUGGUAACAAACUGAAAAAUGUUUUUUUCAUGUGAAGAAUGUUCUUAACUGCAUUAUUUGGAAUCAGCAAGAUUGUGUAUAUCAAUACGUAAUUAUUGUAAAGGCUUGUAUGAAAAUGUAUGAAAAAAAUAUAUCUGCUGAAGCUUGUUACCUUGGCAUAAGAGGACUCAAAAUUGUGACAUGGCUACUAACAUGUAUUCAUAUGAAUAUUUAUCAGCUAACAGUUUGAAAAUAAAUUUAGAAACAACUUGCAUAUGAGAAAUGCUGAUGCAGUUGCAUCUGUUCGCAGGCCGUCACAUGGGAACGUUUGUCAGCAUGUCCCCAAGCUCACAUGCAAUUACCAAUGGCCAUCCCAGCCAUGGUCAUCCAUAAGCCUCACAUACACAGUGAGCUGGAUUAGUCACAGUUAAUAUCAAUGAGAUAAAGUUGGUGAGGCGUGUCUGAUCCCAGGCCAGUACAAAAGCCUCUCGAGGGUGCCCACCUCUCUCUUAGGUCCCAGUGUCAUGUGUCUGUGAGAAGCGAUACACUCGCCUGCACAGCAGACCAGUUGGGCUUCCUGACAGAUUAGCUCCAGUCUUGCUCGCCAAAACAAUCAGUUCUCAGUUCAGCGAUGGGGAAUUCAACGGGCUGCACCGUGGACGACCUGCAGGCUGUUGAAAUGCAUCUGUGGUAUAAGAAGUUCAUGACUGAGUGUCCAUCUGGUCAGCUCACGCUGCAUGAGUUCAAACAGUUCUUCGGGCUCAGAGGUCUGGAUCCAGAGGCCAAUGCCUACAUCGAGCAGAUGUUCCGCACUUUUGACAUGAACAAGGACGGUUAUAUAGACUUCAUGGAGUAUGUGGCCGCUCUCAGUCUUGUAAUGAGAGGCAAGAUGGAGCACAAACUGCGCUGGUAUUUCAGACUUUAUGAUGUUGAUGGCAACGGCUGCAUAGACAGACACGAGCUCCUCAAUAUCAUAAAGGCCAUCCGUGCCAUCAAUGGAAGUGAGUCGCAGGAAUUGAGUGCUGAGGAGUUCACAAACCGAGUGUUUGAUAGGAUUGACAUCAAUGGAGAUGGGGAGCUGUCGCUGGAGGAGUUUGUAGCAGGGGCACGUAGUGAUGAAGAAUUUAUGGAGGUGAUGAUGAAGAGUUUAGACCUUUCGCACAUUGUGGCCAUGAUUCAUAACCGGAGACGCAGCGUCUAAGAGACAGUCCACAUUCAGAUAUGCCACGUAUGGUUCUCCCUUAAGAGUCUCUUGAUCAGAAAACAAGAGCAACACUCAACUGUCUAAUUCUGAAAGCACUUUAAAGCACAAACAGUCACUUCAAACAGAGCUAAAGGGGCCAAGAAAUGAAAUUGGUGUGGGACGUCCCACAACUGUUUCCCAAAAACAGCCUUCUUGCUAAGCAGAAAGAGGCUUCAUGGGAAAAGAAUCAGUGUCAGUUUUAUUUUUUGUUACUUUAUUAUUAACAAAAAUAUAUAUAUUUUUAAAAAUAUAUAUAUUUAUGCAUCACUUGUAUUAGAUGCCUCAGAGAAAGACAUUUCUAAAUAUUUGACUAAUAAGUGGAUAACAAAUACAUUUGUUCAAAAGU